AUGGGAAUUUUUAGUUUCGCAAGAAAAUGGGAGGAAUGCAAGAAAGACUGUGGUAGUGUUGGUGGUGGUGGUGGAAAGAUUAAUAGGUGGUCUGAUUGUGGGUGUGAGACCUGCAUUUCUUGGAUGAAGGAAGGUCGUGACAAGAAACUGUAUGUUGCUGUGAGAGAGCCUUCAAGAGUUAUAAAUGACGAUUGCGGUGGAGAUGCAUCUGAGAAUGUAAUAUUCUUACAUGGGUUCCUCUCUUCUUCCUCAUUUUGGACAGAAACAGUGUUUCCGAAUCUCUCUGAAUCUGUUAAGCAUAACUACAGACUGUUUGCUGUUGACCUUUUGGGAUUUGGAAGAAGCCCUAAGCCAAGAGACUGCUUAUACACUUUAAGGGAUCACUUAGAAAUGAUUGAAAAGUCGGUGAUUAAUUCAUUUCAGUUGAAGUCCUUCCAUCUUGUUGCACACUCCAUGGGCUGCAUAAUUGCAACAGCCCUAGCUGUGAAGUACUCAAAACAGGUGAAAUCGAUAACCCUUGUAGCGCCGGGUAUGGGAAAGGAUUCUGAAGCUGCUAACUUGGAGAAGGGAUCUCGAUUUCAGGAUCAUGGACCUGACAAGGCACACCCAUCAUUCAGCUUGGCAUACCAUGCACAAUGUGAUAUGGUAAAAAUUUGUGUCAUCCAAGGUGACUGUGACCAAGUUGUCCCGGUUGAGUGCAGCUAUAACAUCAAGAAGAAGGUACCUGAUGCAGAAGUUAAUAUGAUCUCAAAUGCUGAUCAUACUUCUGUGGUCAUCGGUAGAGAGAAGGAUUUUACACAAAAUCUAGAGCACAUAUGGGCCUCGUUUGCUACAGAAUUCUGUUUGGAAGAUGAUGCUAGGUGA